UUCACCUUGUUUUGAGGAAGUAAUAAGGCUGCAAACGGAUUGGUGACCUGGUUGGAGAAGAACGGAAUCUAUCUGCUGGCUGAGCUUCGACAUUCGAUUACAUUUUGCACAUGUAAUGGAGGUUGCAGGGGUUGUGUGGUUUGGAGUUAUUACUUUCCUUUGUCAGGUGUUUUCGUGCGCAUUUGCAGACGAUCCCUCUUCAAAAGCGGACAAAAGAGCAGUAAUUUUCAGUAGCAAUGAUGGAAGCACAAGAGCUGAGCAUGUCUACAGUCAUGACAAUCACAUGGAUACUGCAGUGAAUGCAGCUUCACAGUUAGAAACUCCCUCUGAUCUUCGGAUUGUGGAGUUUCUGAGCUCUUCAGCAAGACAAAGGAGAAGAAAGAGAGAGUGGGUUAUUCCUCCUUAUAGUAUACCUGAGAACGAGAGAGGCAGUUUCCCCAAAAAACUGUUCCAGUUAAAGGCAAAGCUGUACAGUGUACCUGAUGAAGAGAUAGUUUACAGUAUCACAGGAGAAGGGGCAGAUCAGCCACCUGUGAGGAUUUUUACUAUUGACAAAAAGACAGGGAAUCUCUUUGUGACACAGCCACUGGAUAGAGAAAAAAAGGAUUUAUACAAGCUCAAGGCUUGUGCAAUUUCAGAAGAUGGGAAAAAAGAGGCAUCACCCACAAACCUCACUAUCAUUGUGACCGACCAGAAUGAUAACAAGCCUGAGUUCACGGAAAAUCCUUUUAAUGGACAAGUUUCUGAAGCUUCUAAAGACCAUGAGUUCAUGACAGUCACAGCCACUGAUGCAGAUGAUUCAGAAACUGACAAUGCUAUGGUUAGAUACACACUUGUCAGCCAAGAGCCGAAAUUUCCAAAACCAAACAUGUUUGAAAUCAACACUUCAACUGGAACCAUUCGUGUGCGAGAACCAGGCAUGGACAGAGAGCAAUGGCCCAGAUAUACUUUGUUAAUUGUGGCUGCUGACAUGGAAGGAGAAGGGUUGGCAACCACUGGCACAGCUGUUAUUAUUAUUACUGACAGCAAUGAUAACCCACCACAGUUUGAGCAAACUUCGCACAUCAUAUCUGUCCCAGAGAAUAAAGUAGGGGCUGUAGUGGCCAAACUUACAGUUACUGAUGGAGAUGAAGUUGGAUCACCUGCCUGGUCAACCAAGUACCGUAUUAUUAGUGGUGACAAGGGUGGGUUUUUCAAUGUCAGUACUGGACCCAGCCAGCUGGAGGGCAUCAUCACCACUGUAAAGCCCCUGGACUUUGAGAAGAACAAGCAAUACAUUCUGUUGGUGAUUGUUGAAAAUGAUGAACCAUUUGUCAGUUCUUUGACCACUUCCACUGCCACAGUCAUGGUGAAUGUAGAAGAUGUGAAUGAGCCUCCCAAGUUUAAUCCAAAGGAGAAGGUUAUUUCCAGACAUGAAAAUUUACCAGUUGAUACUGAAUUGGGUGCUUAUACAGCCACUGAUCCAGACACUGGAAAAUCACAGAAGAUAACGUAUAAAAUUGGCAAUGAUCCUGCUGACUGGCUAAGUGUAAAUCAAGACACUGGAAUGAUUAAAGUCAAGAGUAUAAUGGAUAGAGAAUCUGUCAAAGAUGGCAAAUACAGAGCUAUCAUUUUGGCAGUGGAUGAUGAUGAUGAAAAUCCAGCAACUGGUACAGGAACCUUGGUAAUUGAAUUGGAGGAUGUAAAUGACAACGCUCCAAUUAUUAACGAAGGAAGUAUAGAGAUUUGCAAUCGUGAGGCCACAGUGCUUCUCUCUAUAACUGACAAAGAUGGAGCUCUUUAUGCUGCUCCCUUCAGCGUUGAGCCCCAAGGAGACACAAAGAAAAACUGGACUGCCAGGAUGAAUGAAACAAAAACUGGGAUUCUGUUGACGCUUAAUUCUGUGUUGGAGCAGGGUAAUUACAAUGUUGUCCUAAGGGUUUAUGAUACCAAUAACAUGUAUCAGGACAACUCCAUUCAAGCAACAGUGUGUGACUGCAAAGGAGAUGAAUUUCUAUGCAAAAAAAUGAUGGCGGGGAUCCCACUAUCAUUAUCUCUUGGAACCCUGGCAGCCAUCUUGGCUCUGCUGUUAUUUCUUCUUCUACUUCUGCUGCUCAUGAGGAGGAAACCAAGUAGUAUAAAAAAGCCACUCCUUCCUGAAGAAGAUGACAUAAGAGACAAUGUCUGCUGUUAUGAUGAGGAAGGCGGUGGAGAAAAUGAUCAGAACUAUGAUUUGAGUGUGUUGCAUCGAGGCCUGGACAAUAGACCUGAAGUGUUCAGAAACGAUGUGGCUCCUAUUUUCUUGCCUGCACCUCAGUAUAGACCUCGACCAGCCAACCCUGAAGAGAUUGCCACAUUCAUUGAUUAUAAUCUGAAGACUGCAGAUGAAGAUCCCACAGCACCCCCAUACGACUCCCUCCUGGUGUUUGACUAUGAAGGAGGAGGCUCCGAUGCGGGUUCACUCAGCUCCCUCAACUCUUCCAGCUCAGGACACGACCAAGACUAUGACUUCCUCAAUGAGUGGGGCCCACGCUUUAAGAAGCUGGCAGAUAUGUAUGGAGGAGGAGAAAAUUAAAAGUUAUUCUGUGUUGACAAUAUACAUUUUUUUUUUUCAAUUGUAGAGAGGGGGAGAUUGUGCUGGAGGUUUAAAAGCAGAAUUUGUCUUCAUAUUCAUGAUUUUGACUCUGCUUAUGUCCCCCUGCUUUGUCAAACUUUUUGAGAUCGCAAUGAACUUGUGUCAGCUUUUUAGCAAUUAUAAAGGGAUCAUUCUUUGUGUGCUUUUUUUUGGGGGUAAUCCAUUCAGAAUUUGGUCAAAUCAUAUCUUGCUGUCCUUACCACCAGUACAAAAAGUGAAAGAUUUGUUUUCCUUGGCUCAGUACGUGUCAGGAGGACAAUGGCAGCAAGUAGACUGUGAAUUUUGUGUUAUUCUAUUAUAAAGUAUUUCAAAUCGGUUUAGUGAAGAUCUAAGUGAUGUGCAUACAGAUCUGUUAUUCAGGUGUGGGUUUACCAUUUUGGGGGCCCUAAGCAAAGUCAAGACCUGAGGCCCUACAUGCCCUACCAUAACAUUACCUUUAUUUAACUAUAUUCUUUGAAUUGCACAUAUUAAACAGAAUUAAGUGACAUUUAAAAUCUUUAUUUACAUA